UACUAUGUUUCUCUUUCUUUCUCUAUGUAUACACAGAAAUAUGUGUAUAUAUACAUGCAUGUUUGUGCUCACAUACACAUAAUAUAUGAUAUAAUAUCUGGAGUUGGACCUGAAGUAGCAGAUCUAGGGUUUUCACGGAGCAGAACUGGUUUUGAGACUGGAGAUUGGAAAAGUGGGUGCGAAAAUGAGCGAAGGCCAGCGGUUUCAGCUGGGGACAAUUGGGGCACUCAGCUUGUCGGUGGUAUCUUCUGUCUCUAUUGUGAUUUGCAACAAGGCCCUUAUCAGCACCCUUGGUUUCACAUUUGCUACAACUUUGACGAGUUGGCAUCUUCUGGUUACAUUUUGUUCCCUUCAUGUGGCAUUAUGGAUGAAAUUGUUUGAGCACAAGCCUUUUGAUCCACGAGCUGUCAUGGGGUUUGGAAUACUGAAUGGGACGUCCAUUGGCCUUCUCAAUCUAAGUCUGGGGUUCAAUUCUGUUGGCUUUUAUCAGAUGACAAAAUUGGCAAUCAUCCCUUGUACAGUUCUUCUGGAGACUCUAUUCUUCAGGAAAAAGUUCAGUAGGAAGGUCCAGGUUGCACUGGUUGUCCUUCUCUUUGGUGUUGGAAUUGCAACAGUGACUGAUCUACAGCUCAACUUGCUGGGUUCUAUUUUAUCUCUGCUUGCAAUUGUUACGACGUGCAUUGCACAGAUUAUGACUAAUACCAUCCAGAAGAAGUUCAAGGUUUCAUCUACACAGCUUCUGUAUCAAUCUUGCCCAUAUCAAGCAAUUACACUGUUCGUAACUGGACCCUUUUUAGAUGGACUUUUGACAAAUAAAAAUGUAUUUGCUUUCAACUACACACCGAAAGUACUGGCAUUCAUUGUUCUAUCAUGCUUAAUAUCAGUUUCUGUGAACUUCAGUACUUUUCUUGUAAUUGGCAAGACAUCUCCUGUCACCUACCAAGUCUUAGGACAUCUGAAAACUUGCCUUGUUUUAGCCUUUGGAUAUGUUCUCCUUCGUGACCCUUUCAGCUGGCGAAACAUUCUAGGGAUCUUUAUUGCAGUGGUUGGAAUGAUACUCUAUUCAUAUUAUUGCACAAUUGAGAACCAGCAAAAGUCUAGUGAAGCUUCAGUGCAGGUGUCUCAGGCUAAGGAAAGUGAAUCCGAUCCCCUGAUAAGUGCCGAAAAAGGAGGUGGUCAUUUAGUGGAGAGUGGUAUCGCUAAAUCAUCCCCUGGGUGGAAUUCAAACAAAGACUUGCAGGCCUAAAGCCGCUUCAAAUUAUUAUUCAUUGGGUUGCCCUCCUCAUUCAGAGUUGGAAACUGUUACGACGGUGAUGAAGAUGUUGCUGCCAUGGUUUCCUUUAGCCAGAGAGUUGACAUAUGGUGGGCAUUCAGGGGAAAAUUACUUUCUAUUUUGCAGUCAUUAGAGCUAAAGAAUAUGUCGACACAGAGCAAGUUUUGUUAUCUAAUCUAAAAGAUAUGUUCGAGUAUGCAAAAUAUAUUCCCCACAUCUGUUGUCCCGGGAACAGAUAUAUUAGUAUAACAAAACACAGAUUUUGUCUUGAGUCACUUUGUUCAUACGAAUUGAAGUGAAUAAGGAUGUUGGUAUUGGUUUAA